UUAUUUUCCCGUCUAUGAUAAAAAUGAAUAUGCAGAUAGUGAUCACUGCCAGUUUCUUCCCCACUCCUAACUUUCCAGGCUGAUAAAUCCCUCCGCCCCCAUUUAACAAACUGAAAUCAGCAUGGGUGACGUGGGCUGCUGUCCUGUCACACUCGUGUGCAGGGUUGUAGUAUUUACGGGCUGCUGGUAAAAGAUCGGGACUGUGCAAUUAUAUGUUGUAUAUCUCUGCACGUAAUCAACAUUUUAUUAUUCCAAUUCUCUUGCUUUAAAUAUAAGCAAUAUCUGGAGUUUCUAUAGUAAACAGAAAAUGCGACAGUUGAUUAUUGGUAUCGGAGGAGUAACUAAUGGUGGCAAGUCCACUCUUGCCAUGAGCCUCCACGCGCGCAUUCCAAACAGCUGUGUCAUUGCCCAGGACACGUUCUUUAAGGAUAACUCAUUGGUACCCGUUGACAGCAGAGGGUUUACGCAAUAUGAUGUCAUUGACUCUCUCAAAAUGGAUGAAAUGAUGUGUGAAGUCCGGGCCUGGCAGAAGGAUCCGGCAGCAUUUCAGGACUCCUGUAGACUGAGAAGUCAGUGUCCAAAAAUGUCAGAGGCAGCAGCUGAUAUGUAUACCCUUAUCAUAGAGGGUUUCCUUAUCUACAAUUACAGACCGUUGAAUGAAUUAAUAGAUAUGAAAUACUUCUUGCACAUUCCUUAUGAGAUAUGCAAGGAAAGAAGGUGGUUUGGGAGUUUGCGCACAUAUAAUCCUCCAGACCCUUGCGGAUACUUUGACGGACAUGUGUGGCCCAUGUACUUGAAGAACCGGAACGAGAUAGAGGACACGGUUUCAGACCUGGUGUAUUUAGAUGGAACGCAGUCAAGAGAGAAAAUAUUUGCCAAUGUUUAUAAAAGAAUCAAAAUGGAAAUGGAUAAGAUGCCAGGAAAGGACUGAAGGAUGUGAUCAAGGAACUUCAAGAGUAGUUUCUUUCAUCUCAUUUUAAAUAUUCAAUACAUUUAAAUGCCACAAAAUAGCUAGACGUACUGCUCUAACGUCAGCACAGUUGAAGAUGUCACACAGAUUACUUAAAACUCUAAUUUAAAUGGAUGGUUUAACUUCAAAAAGGGAAAUGAACGUCAAAGACCAUCUGCCUAUUGAUCUUCCAACAGGAUGUGAUGCCAGUUUGUAACAGGGCCAAUCCAGACACCUAUUUAUUUAUGUUUAUGUGGAUGCAGUUUAAUAACGAAUGAAUGCAGGGGUUGAUGGACCCUGUACUGUACAACUGGGAUUCAGAAUCAGAAAUGAUCAUUAAUCACUGACCACUUACUCACUUGCUUAUUUACCUAACUAAUUAACAGGAAUGUUCUGUGUUUAUAUAUAUGAUAUAAAUGUCCUCGGUUUAAUUUGGCAUCAUUGACUGAUAUGCAGAAUAAGUUAAUAUUAUCAAAAUGUAGGCCCUACUGAGAUUGGCAAACACCGUCACAAACAAUGCAGUGCUAGGGCAUUAAAUAUUUUAUUUAAAAUA